AUGCAUGCCAGAAUUCGGUCAUCAUCUGAAUUGAAGAUGGCGGCAGCAGCAUCCAUGGCGGCCCGUGGCGGCGCGCUCGUUGCGAGCAGCAGGCCGAGCAGGAGGAUGGGUGGCUGCAGGGCGGAACCACCGCGUUUCUUGGUCGUCAGCUGCGAUGUCAGGACAGCGGACGUCUACUCCUCCCUGGCUGCAAAGAUUUUGGGACCUCCCAUGACCUUCAAUGCGGCAAAGCUCAAGGUGAAGUUCGCCGGAGAGGACAAGCAGCGUCCUCCUUUCCCCAGAGCCUACACUCUGACCCACUGUGACUUCACGGCGAACCUGACGCUGGCCGUGAGCGGUCCCAUGACCAGCGAGCAGCUGCGCAGCUGGCAGUCGACGCUGCAGAGGGACGACGUGGUGGCAGAGUGGAAGGAGGUGACCACCGCCGCCAGCGCCAACGCCGGGGAGAGGGAGAUGACGCUGCAGGUGCAUUGCUUCGUCAGCGGCGCCAACCUCCUGCAGGAGCUGGCCGCAGGUUUCAGAUACUACGUCUUCUCCAAAGACCUGCCGCUGGUCCUCAAGGCGGUGGUUCAUGGCGAUGCGGCUCUGUUCGCGGAGCGGCCGGAGCUGAUGGAGGCCAAGGUGUGGGUGCAUUUCCACUCCACCUCUCGCAAGUACAACCGGAUAGAGUGCUGGGGCCCGCUCAGGGAGGCCACCAGGAGGAACCACAACCACCUGCUGGAUCUGGAUGGCCGCCGGCUGGACCAACAACUGCAGAGCGCCAUCACCAAGAGCAAGCGGCGAAGGAAGUGGGCGACCCCCGAGACAGUCUUCAACGCCCUGCUCGCCCUUCUCCUCUGA